UUGACGCCGCUGUCGCCAAACAGGAGACGCUCUUAGCAACAAGCUAGGAAAACACGGCUGUGUGUGAACGCUGAACGCGGACUCGCACUGCCCCGAACUCCGCGACUUUACUGGACUUUUUACUGCUGUGGGAGAUGAAGCGGUUUUAGGGGCUAAAGCUGAGGGGAGACAGUGUGAGGACUGACCGGCUUUAAUGAGAAAUAAGACUCCGAAACGAGAGUUUCAACGGGAGAGGGACGGUGGUUGGUCUCGGGGUUUCUGUGGAGCGCUAGUUAGCCACGAAGCUAACUAGCGUUAGCAAGCUGUGUAGAAGUCCAGGGCUGUUCUGUGCUCUUCUUUUUGGACUGUUCCCCGUGCUUGGGAUGCUCCUUUUGAAAUAUAAAGGUUUCUACACUGUGAAAAGCUCGAGGAGCGCCCGCGGUGGACUUCAGUGCGGGUUUUGGACUAAAAAAAGCGCUGUUUUUGGGAGCGGCGCUCAUGUGGACGGGUGUUUUUGCUCCACUGCACUUUUCGUUUCGAGCCCUUGGUCGAGUAAUUUUUAAAAACAGGACGCGGUUGGGAAGACGUUCACCUUUUGAUAUCUUAACCACUGUUUUAGCACGUAGCAACCAACGUCUGUUUAAUGUAUAUUUAGACUAUAGCUACACAGCUUCCCAGGGCUAAAGAAGACUCGACACUAAGCUAACUUGAGCUAGCUAACGUUAGUAAACACUCCACUCCCAGCCAACAAGAGGCUCAGGAUCAUGCUCCACUCCUUCUGCUCCGAAUUCUUCAGUUUUUAGCUCAUAUUUAAGCUAAAUAUCCGAGUUUCUUGCAACAUUAGACAUGGCAUGAGGCAGUCUGAAAUUUACUGACCCAUCCAGAGUCAAACGAGAGGGCUUUUUCGGGUUGGUUCACACGAAAAGAAGAAGGAGCACAAGAAAGUGUUGGAUGUUGACUAACGCUACAACUUCUGACCUCCACGAUGAUGAUAUUGAGCAGAAAACCAGAUGGUCCCAUCACAGCAGCUCGACAUGGAGACGGUCUGUAUGAUUCGUACAUGCGCACAGACCACAUUGUGAAUGAAGACGGGGACCUGAACGGACAGAGCCCGUCUGGACUACCUCCCCUGCCUAAGCACACAGGUGUGAACAAGGCAACAAUGAAAGAUCACCUGGGAGUCCGAGGAGGACAGAUGAAGGUCAAGUACCUGUAUGAGGACUCGUACAACCGCAAGCCCAAUGGUAUGACCCAGCACAACGGGAUUAGCUCCAGCCAAGCUCCUGCCAAACCCCAGCCCGCUCUCUCCAAAGAGAGGAGCAUGGAUAGCAACAGUUCUGCCAAGUCUUCCGAGAGCUCGGUCACCAAGCCCAUCAAACCAGGAGGUCCUCUUGGCGCAGAGCAGGCCCUAAAGCAGUACAGGCAACAGUUGACCGCAAUGGAGCAACAGGAGGUCCACAACUAUUCUGAGAUCUUCUUUGUGGGACCAAAUGCGAAGAAGAGGCAGGCAGUGGCAGGGGGCUCUAAUAACUGUGGAUAUGAUGACGACCAAGGAGGUUAUAUCCAUGUGCCUCAUGACCACAUUGCCUAUCGUUAUGAGUUCCUCAAGGUAAUCGGUAAAGGUAGUUUUGGUCAAGUGGCGAAGGUCUACGACCACAAGCUGCACCAGCAUCUGGCCCUCAAGAUGGUGCGAAAUGAGAAACGCUUCCACCGGCAAGCUGCAGAAGAAAUCCGAAUUCUGGAGCACCUGAAGAAACAGGAUAAGACGGGCAGCAUGAAUGUUGUUCACAUGCUGGAGAACUUCACCUUCCGCAAUCACAUAUGUAUGACCUUCGAGCUUCUUAGCAUGAACCUUUAUGAACUCAUCAAGCGCAAUAAGUUCCAGGGAUUCAGCCUGCCUCUGGUGCGCAAGUUCGCCCACUCUAUCCUGCAGUGCCUGGAAGCUCUGCAACGCCAUAAGAUCAUCCACUGUGAUUUAAAACCAGAGAAUAUUUUGCUCAAGCAACAAGGACGGAGUGGCAUCAAGGUCAUUGACUUUGGCUCCAGCUGCUUCGACCACCAGCGAGUCUACACCUACAUCCAGUCCCGAUUCUACCGGGCUCCAGAGGUCAUCCUCGGCUCACGCUAUGGCAUGCCCAUAGACAUGUGGAGCUUCGGCUGCAUUCUGGCAGAGCUCCUUACGGGUUACCCACUCUUCCCUGGUGAGGACGAGGGAGACCAGCUGGCAUGCAUGAUGGAGCUGUUGGGUAUGCCUCCUCAGAAACUGUUGGAACAGGCCAAGCGUGCCAAGAACUUCAUCAACUCCAAAGGCCACCCUCGUUACUGCACAGUCACCACACUCAGUAACGGCACCUUGGUGCUAAACGGGAGUCGCUCUCGGCGAGGCAAAAUGCGAGGUCCUCCAGGCAGCAAGGAGUGGGUGACGGCCCUCAAGGGCUGUGAUGACCCGACUUUUAUUGACUUUCUCAGGAAAUGUCUGGACUGGGAACCUAGCACACGCAUGACCCCUGUCUCUGCCUUGCGACACCCCUGGCUCUACAAAAGACUGCCUAAGCCUGUGCCUAGUGGGGAGAAGACCAUGGUGCCCAAGCGGAUUACAGAACACAGCACAUCCUUCCCCAGUAUCAUCUCAAAGGUGCCCCCUGUCGUGGGCCAAACAAACAACAAACUGCGGACCAACAUGAUGGGGGACUCCAGUGGGAGUAUACCUUUGCGUACAGUGUUGCCGAAGCUCGUUCCGUAGAGCUGAUCCCCCCCCCCAGUUCAGGAAAAAAGAUAAACUUUGUAGCAUCAUUUUAGAGGUGGAUUUUAUUUGUUUUUUAAAUAAUGAGUGUCAAUACUCAGUGUUUUGACUUUGAUCUUUUGAUUUUUAAAGAAGUAAGCAAAAAAAGAUUUUAUAUGACUUUUAAAACACUCUUUUCUUCUGAAUAGCUUUCGAGAAGGUAUUUGAAAAAUUGAAAAAAAAAAAAAACUUUUAACACUUGUCUGGAGUGGAAUACUAUUGAAGUGAGUGCACAUGUGGGUGAAAUAUAGUGCUGUUUUUCUUUCGGGGGUUUACACUAACUGUCGUCCUUUCUGCUAAGACAAACUUGAACUUUUGCAAGUCUAAGGGCUGCCUUGUAGAGGUGAACUUUUAUUAUUAAGGGCUAAGAAAUGUGCUGGGCUUAGGAAAAACACUCUAGACACUCUAGUCUAGAAUUAUCCUAAUAAUUUGAGUCUCAUGGGAUGUUUGAGUUAACAGCAAGGAGUGCUGUGCUCAUUUGGGGUCUUGGUCCAUUAGAGGUCUUUGCCACUUUGCCAACAAUUGGUCGAGUGAAUGAAAAUGUUCCAACAAUUCAAAACAUUUUACCUUUGUUGUCUUUUAUUUUCUAUCUGCUCCGCAUCUGGCAUUGCUGAGUCAUGAGGAAGUAAUGGCCUCGUUGGCUGCUUCAGGCCAAAACACUGUGCAUGGCCCGAAAGCUUGGGGAUUAGGGGCAAUCCGAGCAGCACCUUGUCCGUAACUCUGAGGUUUUUAAUUUCCGUCUUUUCUCGUUAAAGCUGUUGCACAAGAGAAAGCUGAUACCCUGUAGAUCGACAAUAAGAAAGUUAGAUUGAGCGUUGUAGAAUGUGGCACUCAAACUAGAGUUUCAUUGAACUGUGUUCGAAGCUGGCGGCCAUAGUGGCACUCUUUUAGGAAAGAUCACUUUUAGCCUGAAUUUGGUGAAGGAUCUGCCUAGAUCAGGGGUCUCAAACCUGUUCACAUUGGGUUGGUGUGGCUGCAGGCUUUAUUUAAAAAAAAAAUCCAGCCACACAAUUCUUUCCUUUACACUUUUUUUUUUGUCAGAGGUUAGUCUUCAAACUGGCAUGAAAACCUGCAACCACAUCGGCCUAAAAUGAAAGGAUUUGACACUACACCUAGAUAGUUCUGCACAGGUGCUGCAGGAACUUCUUUGGCAUUUGGUAAAGGAUGUCAGUCAGGUUCGCCUUGGUCUAUAAGUGGAAACACAUUCUUCCAAGCAGUGUUUAUGGGGUACGUCAGACCUUGUCCUAUCUGGGGGCUCAGUGAGAAUGAGAGAGCAAGAGCCAGAGAGCGAGAGAAUAACAACCCCCACUCUCCACAUUCACUGGGUAAUUCCCAGUGACUGCUCACUGAUUCAGCUUGGAAGCGUUCGUACAUAGCUAUUGCUGUUGUUGUCUGACACAGCUCUGUCUACACUGUGACCUAUUUUCCUCUGCCUGCUAUGCACUCUCUUCUUCCAGGUUCUAGCACUAGAAGCUUCCUCUCCUUACACCCAAGCUCUUGACAGUACGUUGCCGAGCCCACGUUGCCACUCAAUCUGUGUCGAGUUGAAGCUGCACUUAACGUGCAUCUGUGAGCCGGCCAUUUCCUGUCCAAGAAGCUUCUGUGGGCCAUUCUGCCUGCUCUAUUCUCUGGUCGAAUCCAGUGUUGGAACUGACAGCUUCGUAAAGAUGGAUGCAUUUGUUGUACACACACGUUUUAUGCUGCGGUAAAGGGCUUUGAUGGAACGUUAUUGCAGGAGAGGUAAAAGAAGUUUGCAGAAGAUGUUUGUUGACACUGCCAUCAUUUUCUGACAAUUCUAAUGAUUAAAGACAAGCUGUUUGUUAUGAGACAAAGACACUAUUUUUGAGAAUGCGAAAGGUGCUAACCCUAUGGCCAUGCAUGGGUGUUUCCUCAGGACCAAGGUUUGGGUAGAAAUGGAAAUGUGAAAAUCACUGCCAUUGAGCUUUCUCUUUUAGAUUACUCUGAAGGAUAAUUUUUGCUUCUGUGCUGCCUAGCUGACAUGACGUAGCCUAUGGCGUAGCCUGUCAUGGAUCUCCCCAGAAAAGAGACUAUGAAUCACAGCGAUGUAGAUCAUGUUUCUUGUUUUUAAACGGCAGAGUGACGCAGACACCCACAAACACAAGUAUAAACACUAAGAUGUUGUAGCUCACUGGUGUAAAAUACACUGUUGACUCUGUUGGCAUCGACUUAAACUUUUGCGUCAAGUCAGUGUAGAGUCUAUGUUGUAGCCUGUGCAAGUGCUCUACACCAUCAUGAGCAUUUAUAUUUGUGCAUUGGUGUGUAUGCAUCGCUCUGCAAAUACAAAGGUUUAAUUUAUAUGGAAUAUAAUGUAGUGCUUUGACGCAUACCUACAUUUCUGGGGUGGUGCACAUCAGACUACGACAUAGGAUGCAUUUCUACACGUAAUGUGUGCAUGUAUAUCCGUGACAUAGAUUCAGUGUAGAAACAUAAGUUGGCCAUUAGGGGAUCUUACUGAUGCUGUACGAGUAGUGUAGGUAAUACCUCUUUCUCAGGUCUUAACCCCCUUUCGAGGGAAGGAUAAUAUGCACCUCUUAGGCACACAUGAUUCCACAUUUUACUUCAGCUGGUACGAACAAUCAGCCUGAGACCACUUGAGAAGAAACUGGUGGUGGUUGGCUCCGGCUAGCUACGUAGCUCUCACUGUUCUGAGUAGCAGCAAGGAAGAACUAUUAGGCUGCGUUCACAUUGCAAGUCUUGUUGAUCAAUUUAGAUUUUUUGCUCAGAUCGAAUAUUGGGCUUUUCAGAAUCUGUUGUUCCUACUGUGCUGCUUGUUGCAACUGGAAGCGGCAGGGUUCUGGCAGGGAGUAUGAAUUCGACACCAUUCUAAAUUUAAGCAAAAAAAAAGACUAAAAAUGCAAAGUAAACUUGAAAUUCCACUCUGACCUUCAGCAUUCAUCUUUCAAGCCCACAAUUCUGAUGUGUAUUUAAUCUUGAAAAGAAAAUGAUUAAAAUCCAUUUGAAUCUAAUUCAGCAUGGUAAUGUGAACAUAGCUAUACCCAUUGCUUCAUCUGUCUUUGACAGGGAAGCAAGACCAAUCUAAUUGAGUGUUUUCUGUCAACAACAAAAUGAGCUGCUGAGUCAGUGCCCUACUUGAUCAGUUCAUCUCAACUCUUGUCCAGCUGGCAACCUACUCUGCACAUGUAGUGCUUUCCCUUCUCUGAACACUGAGUUGCAGUGGGUGUGUUAGGGAAGGAAACCCACUAAAAUGUGCAGGGUUCAGCUUCAGGACCAGGGUUGAAACGCACUGUACUAGAUGACAUCAGGUGAAAAUGGAGAUGUGGAGAUGGUAUCUGAAGAAAACACCCAGAGUUUUUCUAGUCUACCUCUUCUUUCCAAAGCAUCGUUCGCUUCUGACGAACUCCGAGUCAAGUGGCGGUACAUCUCCCCCUCUGCCUCUUUGCCCUCCGCGUCCCUGCCUGUUAGAUUAAGCAUGAAUAUUUCACCAGCGCCCUCGUUGACCCAUUCAGUUCAGUCUCUUCCACUUGUAGCGGUGCACAGCCCUCUCUCGUCGGAGGGAACUCUACUCCUGUGCCUUCAGCCGAGCACCUGAGUAAUUCACCUAGGCUCAGCAUGGGCUUGCUUACUUACUGUGGUCUCUCUUCCAGCUUCUACAGUCAGGGUUUUGUACUUGUUGUAUUUUGUUUUCCCUUUUUUAGAGUUGAAAUUUGUACUACUUUUACAAAAAAAUGAAGAGUUUUCAAUGAAGUCGGAAAACUGUGAACCGCACGACAGAGCGGUGGCGUUUUUCCUCCUGUGUCGUGUGUCUUUGUAUGGACUGUUGGCAAUGAUGUUCUUAGCAUGAAAAGCGGCGCGUAAAUGGACUAAUGGAGUAAUGAAAUGACACAAACUGUGUAUGUAAAGUAACCAAAUGAGCUUGUAUUAGUUUCUUUUUUGUUUGUUUUUUCAAGACAAAUAAGAGGAAUUAAAAAUGUUAUUAAAUGAAA